AUGUCGUUGAAGUUCUCAGCUGGUUUAUGCCUGGUGUUGUUCGUGGCUUUGUCCAACUGUGCUUCUUUUUCUAGAAAAGUAAAACUUCGGUGGCCAAGGAACGGUAUGUAAAGAAAAAAAGACACUUAUAAAAAAUAUAUACUAAAACUAAACAAAUUUUGUUCUACAGAAAUGUUGAUCGUUUAAAUGACGUGCCAUACACUCUCUGAAAACAAGAAACAAAACAAAACAAAAACAAAGAUAUGACCCUGUGACGAAGAGAGAUACCAUUUUCAUGCGUUGUGUUCCACAAGCGUUUUUGCAAAACAAAAUGAAAGAAAAGAACAAAAAGAAGAACAAAGGUAUUCAUUGGUACUAGCUAGGAGGGAGGCUCCUUGAUUAUGAGAAUAAUAUUAUGGACAAAAUUGAUGCCAUUGAAUUUGUGAGGCAAUGAAAUCUGUGUUAUCGCUGGUUCAGUACAGCCUUUCUAACUUCUUCUGUUUUAAGUAGCGAAGUUCAAACAGAUUCGGAUAGCCUUAUGAAAGUCCCGUGAGCCGAUAUCUGUCAGCACGCCGAGAGUGUAAGCAUGUUGCAUAAGAUCCGCUCAUCUUCGCUUUCGUUUAUUCAGUCAUUUUUGCUUUGAUUUGAUUUUUGUUUUAAACAGCACGGCCAAAAACUGAAAUCAGAAAUCGCCGCCAAGUUGGCUUCCUCCCUUUGUGCGGUUCAGCUCAGUUUAACACAUUCACCCAGUUAUGUUGCGACGAAAACUUGUUGCCGAAGAUGACACCCACUACCGUUUGCUGUGAUCAUACCACGUACGACCCACUACAUCAGAUAUGCUGUGAUGGAGCAGUGUACCAGAAAUCGCAAUACAUUUUUCCAAAGUGCUGUGGACAAGAUGCGUAUGAUGGAAAUACCACUGGAACCAUCUGCUGUAGUAGUAAUAUCCACACUGGCCAUGGACCCAGUCCAGCUUGUUGCGGAUCAGAUAACGCCUAUAACACUCUCACUGAGAUAUGCUGCGAUCAAAGCAACGUGUUGCCUGCGGUAGGGUACACGAGUCCAGCUUGUUGCGGAACACAAUCAUACGAUGCCACAAGCUUCUUAUGUUGUAACAACAUGAUGAUUGUGCCUAAAUCAGGGCCAAAUUCAGCCUGUUGUGGCAACUUUGUCUACGAUACCAGUACACAGAUUUGCUGUGGUGGAAUGAUUUUCAUGAAGCCAGGCAAUGCGUCGGCGUGCUGUGGAAAUAUGGCCUACGACCGGGUGACGCAGAUGUGUUGUCAAGGAGUGCCAUCUAUGAAGCCCGGUGCAAAUCCUGCUUGCUGUGGGAUAUUCGCUUACGAUCUGACAAGCUCCAUGUGUUGCAGUGGCCACGUAGCUCCGAGAUCACCCUCAGUAACCAUGUGCUGUGGAAUGUUUUCAUACAGCCCUGUCACUCACUUGUGCUGCAAUGGUGUUGUGGGUAUAAGAGUAGGUCUAAUGCCAUCUUGCUGUUCAACGUUUGUGUAUAAUGCAGCUACGCAUCUUUGUUGCGAUGGCAACGUUGUAAUUCCCAUGAACCCCAAUGGGUGUGGAAGUCAUGCGUGAACUGAACUUGAUCGACAAACAAGCGACACCGUUAGACCGGGAAAACAAGGAAACAAUCAAGAAACUAAGCAGAUGUUCAUACUAUAGCUAGAAAUCCGUGUAUCGCAGAACCUCGCGAGGUUCGGGGGGGGGGAGCCCAUAAGGGGUGGGAGGACAGGAGAGAAAUGAAGUAAAUCACGUAACUGGCGAGGGCGGGUCUAAUAUUCGAAGCUGAGAUUUACUUAAUGCGAGAGCUUCUUUUCACAAUUAACUCUAGUCUAAGAUUUCCCUUGAAAACUUUUCUGAGAGGAAACAUGAAUUAGCUAACAGCUCCCUAUAGUUUGGACUCGCAAGACUGACUUAAACAUGUAGAGCGCGUUUGACAUAAAGAAGACUAACGAGAGAUUAUUAUCUAACCUCAACUCGAUGUUGCCACCGUAUUUCCAAUUAAAAAAAUAGAAAAAUAAAUUAUACCGAUAAGCCUGCAUUUCCCGCUCAAUCGAGUACAGUUUAGAAUGCGCAUGCUCAUCGGCAUCCGGGUUAACACGAUUUUACAGCGUCAGGGUUGUAGGGACUGUAUAUAUAAAGACAAGGAGCCCAUAAGCUGGAGCGAGCAACUUCCACGCGCUCGUGUCACGG